ACGCCACGCGGCUGUUGGCAGUGGACGCCCUUCCUCCGACGGAUGACGAGUGUGCAUCCGACGCCGCGCCACAGUUGAGCGAGGUGGCGCCUCAACGCGAUGCGGCCGCGUCCCUGCGUCGCAAGCGAACGCGCGAUGAUGCGUCUGAUUCGACCUUCUUGCCGCGGCGGCGGCGCUUCUCACGUCCGCUCGAUAGGGAACCGGGGACUGUUCCGCCCGCGCCGUUGCCGCGGGAUAUUCGCCGUGCUCUCCGCGCGUCGGCCGACACUGCAGCGCAAGAGGCGAGCCAGGCAGCUCCGCUGGUGUCCAUCGAUGCUCUCCCUGCCGCGCCUGCCCAACACGCAUCCGAGGCCGUGCCACAGCCGAGCGAGGCGGCGCCGGCGCUGACGGUGGACGCCCUUCCUCCGACGGAUGGCGAGUGUGCAUCCGAGGCCGUGCCACAGCCGAGCGAGGCGGCGCCGGCGUUGACGGUGGACGCCCUUCCUCCGACGGAUGGCGAGUGUGCAUCCGAGGCCGUGCCACAGCCGAGCGAGGCGGCGCCGGCGCUGACGGUGGACGCCCUUCCUCCGACGGAUGGCGAGUGUGCAUCCGAGGCCGUGCCACAGCCGAGCGAGGCGGCGCCGGCGUUGAGGGUGGAGGCUGCGCGUUGCAUGUGCCGUAAGCGUCUGCGGGAUUUCUCGUCUGAGUGGAUGUUAGCGAAGCGGCGGCGCUGUACUUCACGCAGACUGGAGUGUCCGCUGCCGCCUGUGCGGGCUGUGACGUCGCGGCGGUGUACCCGCCGGGGUGGCGGCCCGUGCAAACCGGCUGCCGCGUCGCGCUCAUCCCUGAGGGGCAGAUGGCGUGCCGUGGUGCGUACGGUGCGCAGGUGGUGCCAAAAGGCUUUGGGUUUUGGACAUCGGCUGAUUUACCGCCGUUCUCGCGCCUCCGCAGGAGAAGCGGCGCCACAGUCGAGCCAGGCGGUGACGCUGCCAUGCAAGAACGCUUCGCCAUCGGAUGUCGCGCCAGCCCCGCUUGCCGUGUUGCAUCCCCGCAGGGCGCCCCUGCCGCCAUCUGCUCACUGUAUGACUGACUCGCAGUUGGAGACUGCGUGCUGUGCAGGGUCCUAUGAUGCGGCGAGAAGCGGUCUUGCGCCGGAGGGUAGAGGGACAAGUGAGUAA